AUGGAUCGGACUAUUAAAGCUCUGAAACGGCCGAUUACUACAGUUCGGCAGGUGUGGAAGGACUACCAAGUUGGGCGGGCUAUACGCCACAGUAUAUUCGAAAGCGACCCUAAAGAGGAGGAAUGUGAAGAGAGGUGCGAUGAAGAAUGCCAGGUAGCCUGCAGGGAGGAGAACAAUGAGACGUGCAAGGAAGAGCACGAUGAAAAUCGCAAUGAAGAGCGCAAUGAAGUGGGCGAGGAAGAGUGCAGCGAUCCAAACGAGGACCAAUGCAAGGACAACGAGGUGUCUUCAUCUUCACAGCCCGCCACAUGUAGGACUGCUGAAGGAGAAGAAGAAGAACGAGCUGCCCAGGUUGCCGCACAACUCAAACUGAAGAGAAAAUGGAGAGCGAAUACAAAUGGAGAAUUUCUCUGGCGCUAUGAGCAGGUGGUGGAUGAGGAAAGCAACUGGAGAGGGACUUGGGUGUUAGAGGUGAAUGACCUAAACGCCAUGAAAUGGGGGAUAGAGGAAGUGCCCACAAUGAUUGGGAAUAGGAAGGGGAAAAAGUACGUGCGAAAGCCAACUCGUCAACUACCAUUCCCUGUUGGACAGGAAAGAGAAUUAUUGCCGUCUGAAGGAGGACAGGAUGACAGCAAAAUCAGAUAUUGUUGA